GCGCCACCCAAGGCUUCGCAAGCUUGUUUGUGCGACUUGCUGGCUGAGACCCGUGUAUUCGCCUGCGUGCCGGCGGCCAUGAUGUCAGAUCUGAUCCAGGGAUUUAAGAGAUAAAAGCAUCGAGAUGUUGGCGCAUUUUCAGCAGUCAAAUCUUUUGCGAUCUUAGCUUCUGUCGUUUCAAUUUUCCAUUCAGCAUUCGCCAUGGACCAAAAAGCUUCUGAUCUUUCGUAUUCUACACACGAAUUUUAUGCGCCCGAAGGCCACUACUCGGCUUCGGCGGUUCAGCCGGCACAGGAUGAACCGCAAGUAGCAACUUCGACAAGUUCGGCUGCUCAAAUUCAGGCGACCGAUAAUUCGCAACCGGGAGGCGCUCCUCAGUCACAAGGAAUUCGACAGGAAAUAAAGAGACCACUUCCUGAGACACCCCCGGCAUAUCCGCCUAGGCCUACGGCAAAUCCAAAUGCUACUGGCUAUGCACCUCCACCAGCUCGAAAGCCGUCCACUUUCGGAGAGGACGAUCUGUCCAGUCCCGUCCAUUACGUGCGAGAUCCUCACAAACUCAUCGCAUAUCUGGUGCCCUUUCCAAAACCUGCCUUCGACGCUGGCAACGACGUCAGCGGUGGAAAGAAUGUCCCUGAGAGAUUCCUGAUCUACACGCCGCCGCCUCCGCCGCUGAAGGCGCCGGCCGAGGGCGAAAAGGAAGCCAGAUUUCACAAGAUACAGCGCAAAUGGCAGGAGGAAGUCCGAUCUGCCAAGGCCGACAACUCCAAGGUCACGAGCUGGAAAGGCCUGAAGUCGCGGGCGACGAAAGGCAUCAACGUCGCCAUGAACUGGACGACGACGUCGAACUUGGAUUUCCUGAACCGUGUUCCGGCCGCGAAGGCCGGCAAGAGCCGCGAGAGCUCGCCUGACCAGCACGCCGAGGACGGCGUGCACGAGGAGGACGAGACGAAGAAGACCGUCGGCCUGGAGGAGAUGGUGCUCAUCUAUCCGAACAGCUUGCCCGGAACCGAGGCCGAGAUACGCGAGGAGUUCGUCAACACGAUGCUGCGGUCCAAAUCGAAGGCGCAAAGAGACUCGAUCAUCGCGACGGGCCUGCUUCCCGUCGGCUUUGCAAUCGACGUCCUCGCCACUUUGGUAUGGCCGUUCGGCGGUCUCGCCGAGAUCGACAGCGUCUGGCUGUACUCCUCGAUCCGCGGAGCAAAGACCGCUCGUUCCGUCACGAAACGCCUCCACUCAACCGCUGGACCUGGCGGUGCCCAAGACGGCGCUGCUCCAGGCGACACUUCGCAGGACGGUGCCAAGCUCAAACUAACCUUCAGACCAUCGGACCGUCUCGACGUUCUGCGCAACUACCUGCAGGCAGAGUGUCACCGGCGGCAUCCAAAGUACUUCCCAUCUGCGGGUCCCUCGCCGACGGAGACCCAGGUUCUUGAGGCGAUAGGCUGGAGCCCAAGCCAGACGGGUGAGACGAAGAACUGGGAGGAUGAGCAGUGGGAGGUGACCGAGGUCAAAGACGACUUGAAAGCUACGAUGCGCAAAGGUGCGAAAGAGUGGAGUAAAUGGGUGGAAAAAUACGAGAAGGAUCCAGAGAAAGCUCUGAAGAGGUAGAGUAAGCAAGCGACGGAUUGAUUAUGAUCUUUUCCACGCAGCAUCGUCACUUUGCUAUGACAAUAGACUACUUAGGGUAAUUUUCAUCAUUUAAAGACCAUGUUACCAGUAGUGGCUAGUAUAAUGCAUUCGUUCGGC